UUUCCAUCUGACUUCAAAUGCGAACCUUAUCUUGCUAGACUGGCUAAUUGCUGGACGUAUUGCUCUGGGAGAAGUUUGGGAAAUGAUCAGUUUUGCAAGUGAAAGCAAGGUUUAUGUGGAUGGAAAGCUUGUACAUGGAGAUGCUAUUAGGCUUGAUCGUGAUCUUGUAAAUGUGAAGGAUAACAUGUAUUCUCUGCAAAAAACUUUAGAAUAUACUAAGGCGCUUGGAUCUUGUGUAUUCAUUGGACCUCAGUUUAGAGAGCUUAAGUGGAAAAUUCAAGAGAAAGUUAAAAGCUUAUCAGAUCCUAGUGAUGGUUUCACUGUUUCCGCAAGUGUUUUAAACCAACCACUAUGUGAUGGAGUAGUGAUAAAGCUACUUGCGGCACAGAGCACAGAACAGGCUCGCUCCUUUUUCAGAAGCGUUAUUGAAGACACAAGGGAGUGGCUUGGGAGUAAUCCUUUGGAAAAAUAGACGGGAGAGAACACAACCCCAUAUUUGAUACCUCAAACGAGUAAAGUAAGGGCGUGGCACAUCGGGGAAAGAGACCAAAUCUUCCAAGAUGGCCUCGUUGUCAUGAAGGGGAUGCAUGGAACAUAAGUAGCCAGUGAGAGUGAAGAUUACCUAACAGAUGAAUCCUUUAAAAUGAAGAAUGUUAUGCAGGUUCUGCAUUCGCUGAUUAAAGUGUACACCAACAAUCUAUUAACACAUAAAGGCAGUACAUAUUUCACUGAAAGUACCAUAACCAUCGCCGGAUCCAUCCCCAGUUCUUCGAGGCUUUCUGUAUCAUCUUGCGGCAGAACGUAACACGGGCUGUGAUGCUGUUAUGACAAGGAACUCUUCGUAGACUCGGUGCAGAUUGUGUGAAAUAUGACAUAGGGGUCUAAUUUUUAAUUUAUCCAAGGCUAGGCAACCGACUUCGCUCUACAUUAUGUUUUGAAACGCUCCCCUCCAGCAUUGUGUGACAUCCUAGGGAACGGCUGCGAAGGAU